GCUGCUGCCUUCGGUCGGGCCCACUGCGGUUGCUCAGAAAGCCAAGGUCUACAGCCCGUCCCCCCUGCCGCCUCGGAGCAGCAGGGUGAGUCCCAGGCUGUACAGGUAAUGGAGAAGGGGCAACAGGCAGGCCAAGGAAGUCAAGGACCUAGCGCUGUGGUCCUAUGUGCCUACCCCUCUUUUCCCGGCACCAAGGCCGUUUGAGCCCAGUGUGUUUUUUACUUGUCCCUGCCACCUCCCAGACUCUUGGCCCAACAUGAUACUGACUAAAGCCCAGUACGACGAGAUAGCCCAGUGCCUAGUGUCUGUGCCUCCCACCAGGCAGAGCCUGAGGAAGCUGAAGCAGAGGUUCCCCAGUCAAUCGCAGGCCACUCUGCUGAGCAUCUUCUCCCAGGAGUACCAGAAACAUAUUAAAAGAACACAUGCCAAACAUCAUACUUCAGAAGCGAUUGAAAGUUAUUACCAGAGGUACCUGAGUGGAGUGGCGGGAAACGGAGCGGCCCCAGUGCUCCUGGAGCUGGCCAAUGAGGUGGACUACGCACCCUCAUUAAUGGCUCGGAUUAUAUUGGAGAGGUUUCUACAGGAACAUGAGGAAACUCCACCCUCCAAGUCUGUUAUAAAUAGUAUGCUACGGGACCCCUCUCAGAUUCCAGAUGGAGUUCUAGCAAAUCAGGUCUAUCAGUGCAUUGUGAACGACUGCUGUUAUGGACCGCUGGUGGACUGCAUCAAACAUGCCAUCGGCUAUGAGCACGAAGUCCUGCUGAGAGACUUGCUUCUAGAGAAAAACCUGUCCUUCCUAGAUGAAGAUCAGCUCCGUGCAAAGGGUUAUGACAAAACACCAGACUUUAUUUUACAAGUACCCAUUGCUGUAGAAGGGCACAUAAUUCACUGGAUUGAAAGCAAAGCCUCAUUUGGUGAUGAAUGUAGCCACCACGCCUACCUGCAUGACCAGUUCUGGAGCUACUGGAAUAGGUUUUCCACACAAGAAGCACAAAAGAUAUAGGUACAAAGAGAGAUCACGGUGAUUUUGAUGUACCCAUCAUUUCGACAAGAAGGUGAUCCUAUCAAGAGGGGAAGUGUGCACAUCAGCUGCCAGCCUAGCUCACCUGGUGACCCAAAACUAUCCUAACAUUCUGUUAAUGCAUAAGUAAUUUCUCCCUCCCAUAUAUGGCUUCAUAUUGUUUUGUUUUGUUUUUGACACAUACCACUCUAUUAAAAACUUAUCAACAAGUGUGCUUCACUGGAGUUGAAGAGCAGCAGGGAAAACUGGCAGGAAACAGAUCAGUUACACAGUAGGCUUUCCUCACCCCGCCCCCAUCAUCACACUUCUUCAAGGUGACCUUGCAAAGAUCACCUCCCAGAAACCAAUGUUGAAAUACUUCUGCCCUGGAAGAGCAGACAUUUGUUUGCAGGUCUGAAGGGUAACCAAUCCUGUGCAUCUUGAAAGGCACUCCAAUGAGCAGAGCCUUGUAAAUUGGAUUUCUAUUAGCCAGCCCUGAUGAUAGCUCCUCAUCAGUGAAAUGGGAGGAAGUGCUAUCAAUAGAUCCAGCUGUAAAUACCUUUGUCUUUUUAAUGCCGCACUUAUUUUUGGUCUCUCUCAGCCAGAAUAGUGACAAAUGCUAAAAUCACCAGAAUUCAUUGUAUUUAACGUUUUAAAGAAACUUUACAAUAUAGACAACUAUUUUUAAAUGCCUUUCAACUUGAAAAGCAGUUGAGAUGAAAAUCAAAGGCACAGAGGUCAGAAACAAAAGCGGUAAAAAUGUCUUAAAUCUUGCUCACCCUAUAUAUAGUUACUAAUGUUGAUUUUAGCUCACAGUUUUGCUAUUUGUAAAAGUGUGGAAUGGUAGGCUUUCAUUCUCUGUAUUUUCUAGAUUGAAUAAUAAUUGAGAAAGAGAACACCAAAUGUGGAACUCCUUCUAUGAGUUACAUCUGAGGAACUAUUACCCUCUGCUAGUUCGACCUUAUCUUGGUUUCAAGAAUUUUGAUUCUAUAAUUUGAAGUUGAGAAACACCCCCUGAUGUUUCUUAUAUAAUAACAACCAUAGUUGGGGAUAUUUAACUUUUAGAUAUCUAUGUAAAAUUACACAUUUAAAACAGUUUCAAAUAAGCAUAUUGGGGAAGUUUUAGCAGAGGCAAUAGUCAUUUCUUAAUCCAAGUAGCAACCAUCUGUGUUCUUUCUAGUCUUUCUUUUGAUUAGCACAGCCUCAUCCAUCACUGGGCUUUGAUAUGAACACCAAGAAGUCAUGUCCUUUUGUUUUAAAUGAUAAAUAUGCCUUUGUCAUGAAUACUCAUAGGCAACCCAGGAUUUACAUCUGAAUUGUCAAAGUGUAACUGCCCAGGGCCUGUGAUGAGUGACAUUAUUAGUGAAAUAAAGAAGUAUUUAAUUUGUCUUUGGUAGGCCUUAGAAUUCUGUGAUGGUGAUUUGAUGAGACUGUAUAGGUUGUGAUGCUAGAAAAAGUCCUUCCCCCACUAUUUUUCUAAGAUUUUUCAUUUAUCAACAAGAGAUGAUCUGCUGCAGGAGGUUCCCUUGUAAACAUUUUACUUUAGUGCCUUUAGUCUGUCUCUUUAGGUUUUAUUAUGUAAGUUUGAUGGCCAGUAGUUCUUAUCAAAACUAAUACUAUUUGAAGCAGUGGACUUCUGGUGGUCAAACAGCCAGUAGUAUCAAGAUUUGUUCUCUUUUGUUAUUACUGUCAAAGACAGUAUUUUUAAUAAACAUUAGCUUCAUGUCAAGGUCUGUGUCAAUUAUAUUUUCUAAAUAAGUUUUUUGAUAUCCUUGUCCUCACAAACUCACAUCUAUUCAAAUGUAUUUAUAUAUGUGCAUUUUAUGUAAGUAAACUAACAUACACAUAGUAUCUACCCACGUGGUUUUGUGAUAAUCAUCAAAAUCCUUGGAACUGUCAAGUUCAACUCUUGUAUUGAUAUUUGACUCUUCUACUAAGAAAUUAGGACCAUGAAAAUUAAAAAUAUUGUGAAGUCUUGAUUUCCUGUUAUCCACAAUGUAGAAGAUUUCAACUUACAACUAUUUACCUUAUUUCCUUCUACAUUAUCAAUAAACAAAUAUUUGUUAGUUUUAAAGUUUCGUGUGAUAAAUGUUUUGGAUAUUUCAUGUUGGUAGUAAGUAGUAUAUUCUUAUUUAUGUAUAAAAGACAUUCUAUGAUGAGUUGUAAUUUAAUAAUUUGUAUCACUUCACAUUAUGCUGGCUAGGCAGUGAAAGAUAAAUACCAUAUGAUCUCACCUUUAACAAGAACCUAAACAACAAAACAAACAAGCAAACAGAAUAUAACCAAAGACACUGAGAUAGAGAGCAGGCUGACAGGGACCAGAGGGUA